GAAAACGAGGCCAGAUUGAGUCUCCACCGGGAAGAAAGUCAAGAACUUUCCAGAGCCAGGAUGGCCGCCAACGCCUGGGGCAUCGUUCUUCUCUGCUGGGGCUUCUGGGCCCCGUCACAAUGUCUGCUCAAUUUGGGAGGCCUCCUGGGAUCAGGCUCCAAGCCUGGAGGUGGUGAUGUUUCUGAAAAAGGUGGCCUUCUUGGUUCAGUUGUUGGCGGAGGCCUGCUUGGGUCUGGAGGUCUUGUGGACAACACAGUUGGGGCAGUGCUUGGAGGUCAGUCUGGGAAUGGUGGUCUACUUGGCCAAACUGGCCUUCUUGGGGAGAAGAGUCCGGUCGGUGGCCUGCUUGGAUCUGGAGGUCUUCUGGACAACCCAACUGGGGCUCUGCUUGGAAAUCAGUCUGGAAAUGGUGGUCUACUUGGCCAAACUGGCCUUCUUGGUGAGAAGAGUCCGGUCGGUGGCCUGCUUGAGUCUGGAGGUCUCGUGGGCAACCCAGUUGGGGCUGUGCUUGGAAGUCAGUCUGGAAAUGGUGGUCUACUUGGCCAAACUGGCCUUCUUGGUGAGAAGAGUCCGGUCGGUGGUCUGCUUGAGUCUGGAGGUCUCGUGGGCAACCCAGUUGGGGCUGUGCUUGGAAGUCAGUCUGGAAGUGGUGGUCUACUUGGCCAGACUGGCCUUCUUGGUGAGAAGAGUCCGGUCGGUGGUCUGCUUGGAUCUGGAGGUCUUCUGGACAACCCAACUGGGGCUCUCCUUGGAAGUCAGUCUGGAAAUGGUGGUCUACUUGGCCAAACUGGCCUUCUUGGUGAGAAGAGUCCGGUCGGUGGCCUGCUUGGGUCUGGAGGUCUUCUGGACAACCCAACUGGGGCUCUCCUUGGAAGUCAGUCUGGAAAUGGUGGUCUGCUCGGCCAAACUGGCCUUCUUGGUGAGAAAGGUCUUGUCGGUGGAACUCUUCUCGGCAAAGAUGGCUUGCUGGGUGGCACUCUACAAGGUGUCCUUGGAGGCAACUUACUUGGCCUGGAAGAUCUCCUGAAAGGAAGCGGGAAUUCAAAGGAACCAUUCAGUUGGUGGAAUGCCAUGAAUCUUGAGAUUGUCCGAGGAUCUUGGAAAGUCGCCAGUGGAACUGACCUGAUCCUAAGCCUGCAGGGCAGGGUCGUGCUGAAUUUCCCAGGAUCACUCAGGUUCUUGAGUGGAUCUUACGUUGAGAUCAACAUUACGGCCCACCUGGCGAUGGUUCAGGACAAACCUGGAGAUCUCAGACUGGUGCUUAAAAACUGUGCGGACUUGGCCAGAGCGUUUACCAUCCAAUUGCGCAAGAGCCUGCUGACGAACCUCAUCAGUGGCGGGAUAAAUGCAGCCAUUCGGACCGUCCUGCCUACAAUGAUAUGCCCCAUCUUCCAGGUUUGGUUCAGUUUAGUCAACCAGCAGCUCCACAUCCUCAAUGAUUAUGUGUUCUUUGGACUGCUUGGGAAGAUCCACGCCGUCCUUUCCAGCAUGCCAGUUGCGACUGGCCAGUUUUCGGAAAUAGAUUUGAAGGACAAGCCUUUCCCAGGUGCCUUCAUCCAGUGGCUUCUGAAAUAUGCAGGUCCAGUCACCAGCCAGAAACCUUCCUGAGGUUCUCCUGAAUGCCGCCAAUGGAUGUGGAGCACAGAAAACCCUCUGCUCUCCCACGGCCAAUUCUGAAGCCGUCUGAGUUCCCUGCUUUUCUCCACAGUCUGUUCAAGAUUAAAUGGUUUUACAGGCAAUAUCCACCCAUAAAAGUAGCUCACACUGCAAAGGAGGAUUUUCAUGCCAAUAACCUCUGGAAAUUGGGUACCAACAGCCUCUGGAAAUCGCUGGUGCAGCACAUCAAGGCUGGGCUAUACCCAUGGUGUAUUUCACAUUGAUCUUAUAAAGCCCUUUAACCCAGA